AUGCCAGUUUCUCACAUCGGUCUGACUGUCUCUCAUCUCCCAACAUCCUGCUCGUUCUUCCUGUCCGCUCUACAGCCCUUGGGAUACCGUUUCAUUGGUCAACAAGGCAACCAGAUCGGUCUGGGAAUCGACGAUGCCGACUUCUUCCUCUGCCAAGAAACACCCAACAUCAAAGCGGGGGCUGCACACAUAGCGUUCUCAGCGCCCGGCCGGGUCGCCGUCCGCGACUUCUAUACAGCAGCUCUGAAUGCAGGUGGCCGUCCUCACGGCGCACCCGGAGUUCGCGACCAAGAGAAUGGUCACUUCAACGCCGCAGUCCUGGACUUCGAUGGCAACAGCAUAGAAGUCGUAUACCGAGAGGACUCGACACCUGAAGAAGCAGGCUCUGUGGUUGGGCACAGCCGGGUCCUUACCUGGCGAAAGUCGGUUACUGAGAGCUUGGGAGACGCACGCAGUGUUGUCAGCAGCAGUACGGUGAGAACAGCUAGGAAGGGCUCCGUUAUCGCCGGUCCUGCGGCGUCUAGAAGCAUAGCUCCGUCCGCAGUGACCAGAAGCGAGGCGCUGAGCUUGACAAGGAGUGUCUCAGCGCCUGUAGUACAGCAAAGCAACAUCUCGGUGGGAGGAGAUGACGCUUGCAAGAAGAUUAUCGGAACACUGCUCGGCGCAGCAGCCGGCGCAGCGGUGGCGUACGCAAUGUGCAAGGCCGAAGAAGACAGCGCCAGGGCAGAAGCAUUAGCAUAUGCCGCAUCUCAAGCCUCCUCGCACAAAUUUAUCGAAGCACCUCUGCAAGAGGCCCAGCCUCAACCAACGUACGAGUCCCCCGACGCAAAACGCCUUCACCGCAACUUCAGCGACACCGAAUCCUUCUACAGCACUCCGGACCGAUACCAACGCGCAAUCGCCGCCGCACCAGCUCGCAGCUACCACAGCCCGACCUACAUCUCCGUCCCUCCAACCCAGGCGCCCCAACAAACCAUCGAGUACAUCCCCGCCGCCUCCGUCGUCAGCGCCCGAAGCCACCGCUCCGCCAAACGCUCCGUUUCCUCGCCUAUCCCGACCGUCGCACACAGCACAGUCAGCAAAACGCGCAGCACGCUGAUCUCCACCUUCGUCCCCGACGAGUUCCCACGUACGCUUCCGGCCCCCAGCGAGCACUCCGCCCACUCCAGCAGAUCGAAAGCCAGGUCCUCGUACACAGCAGCCAGCAAACAUAGCAGCAGGCGGAGUUCUGCGUCUCAGGUGCCGCUGCCGGAGUCUAAAGCACCGUCCAUCAUCGGCAGCAUCAUCGGUCGCGGCGACGAGGAGUAUGCCAUCUCGCCCGACGACAACGACAGUGUUGCACCCAGCGAUAGUAUCUCGAAUGCUGGGUCGAGACGAUCGUCGCAUAGCAGGAGUUCGAAGCACUCGAGGCAUUCUAAAUCUUCAAAGCAUAGCGAAGGUCGUUCCCACCGCUCAUCGUCCGGGAAGAGCAGUGCAAGCAGGAGAGAGGAGUUGGAGGUGGUGAGGCCUGAUGUAGUUGAGGAGGCGGAGAGCGAGGUUACUGUUAAGCCGUAUAAGAGUGAGAAGAGUGUAGAUAAAGCCAGUGUGGCUAGUUUGCCGGUUAGGGGUAUCACGCCGAGUAUGAUUGAGGGGAGGGGCGGGAAGAGAAGUGUGGUGAGUUUUGCUAUGGGGCAGUAG